UUAUUUUCAAAUGAUUUUAAUAAAAAAAAUAUUAAGAUUGGAAAAAAGUCCGGGUCGGCUUUCAAAUUUGAACUUCACGCAAUUCAACUCUCCCCGUUGUUAUACGGUUUGUACCUGUUCGAAUGGUACUCGUACUCUCUUCUACGGUUCAUAUAUUUCUUCUUCCUUCCCCGGCGACGACGCCCAUUUCCACUCUCAGAUCUUUUCUCUCUCUCUCUCUCUCUCUCUCCAGAAAUCAGUGGUUUUAAAAAUUCAAUUCUCUACCUCUGUGCUCAGUUUUGCACACUAGGUCUCUGUCUAUCUCUCUCUCUCUCUCUCUCGCACACACACUCAUUCAGUUAAGGGUUUUAGGUUUUCUUUCCGAUUUAUGUUCAAGCAGCUUGCUUCCUCUCAAAUUGGCGUUCAGAUGUCCUAGUUAGGGUUUAAAUUCAGAGUAUAAUGACAAUCAAGCACCAGAUUUUCUGAGGUUGAAACCCUAGAGAAGUCGGCAAUGCAGAGCUUGUCGAGCUCGGUAGCUCAGCCAGAGGCAAUAAUAGAGUGGCUACAGAAGGAAAUGGGAUACAGGCCUCUAGGUCCGUAUGCUGCGAAUAAGGCAGCGUCAUUGCCUUCAAUAGAUUCGCUCCGCAAGAUUUGCCGGGGCAACAUGAUACCAGUGUGGAGCUUCUUGUUGCAUCGGGUCAAGUCGGAGAAGACGGUGGAGAACAUUCGAAGAAAUAUGCUCGUCCAUGGAAGUGCGGAGGGGCGUAGCAGUGGUGGGGUCGAUUUGGGGAAAGAGGAGGCGAGGAGCAAGGGAAGGAGGAAGGACAAGGAUAAGGCAAAGGUGGGGGUAGUGGGGGAGAGUGUAAGUGCAGCUGAGAGUAGAGAAGUUGCAUUGCAGGAAAGAGAGUUGGCGGAGAAGGAAGUGGAAAGGUUGAGGCAUAUUGUGCGAAGGCAGAGGAAGGAUCUGAGAGCGAGGAUGUUGGAGGUAUCAAGAGAGGAGGCAGAGCGCAAGAGGAUGCUCGAUGAAAGGUCAAAUUACAGGCACAAGCAGGUGAUGUUGGAGGCUUAUGAUAAACAGUGUGAUGAAGCUGCAAAAAUAUUUGCAGAAUAUCACAAACGUCUUCGUUACUAUGUUAAUCAAGUGAGGGAUGCUCAGAGGUCUAGUGUUGAUUCUUCUGUUGAAGUGGUUAACAAUUUCCAUACGAGCCAUGAGAAAGAGGCUGUUUAUUCAACUGUCAAAGGCACCAAAUCUACUGAUGAUUUCAUCCUCAUUGAAACAACAAGAGAAAGAAAUAUUAGAAAGGCAUGUGAAACUCUUGCUGAGCGUAUGAUUGAAAAGGUGUGCAAUUCAUUUCCAGCUUAUGAAGGUAGUGGAAUUCAUGCAAAUCCUCAGUUAGAAGUUGCCAAGUUAGGCUUUGAUCUUGAUGCGGAAAUACCUGAUGAUGUUCGAGACAUCAUUUUAAAUUGCCUGAAGAGUCCUCCGCAGUUACUUCAGGCUAUCACUGCGUAUACUUUACGGCUGAAAACUCUGAUUACUAGAGAAAUAGAGAAAAUUGAUGUUAGAGCUGAUGCAGAAACUUUAAGGUAUAAGUAUGAGAACAACAGAGUAAUGGAUGUUUCAUCCCCUGAUGCCAGCUCACAAUUGCAACAUCAACUUUAUGGUAAUGGAAAAGCUGGAAUUGAUUUACCUUCUCGAGGAACACAAAAUCAGCUUCUUGAGAGACAGAAAGCACAUGUUCAGCAAUUUGUGGCCACUGAAGAUGCACUCAACAAGGCUGCAGAAGCGAGGAAACUUUGUCAAAAGCUUGUGAGACGACUGCAAGGUAGUGGGGAUGUAAUACCUUCAAAUAUGCUUGGUAUUGGAGGGGCAUCUCAAAGUGUUGGAAGUCUUAGGCAAUUUGAGUUAGAGGUUUGGACGAAGGAAAGAGAAGCUGCUGGACUGAAGGCAAGCUUAAAUGCCUUGAUGUCUGAAGUACAACGCUUGAAUAAAUUGUGUGCAGAGAGGAGAGAAGCUGAAGAUUCUUUGAAAAAGAAAUGGAAGAAGAUUGAGGAGUUCGACGCUCGCAGAUCUGAACUUGAAUCUAUCUAUACUGCUUUGCUCAAAGCUAAUAUGGAUGCUGCCGCAUUCUGGAAUCAGCAACCAUUAGCUGCAAGGGAGUAUGCAUCAAGCACAAUUAUUCCAGCAUGUACAGUUGUUGUUGAUAUAUCAAGUAGUGCGAAAGAUCUUAUUGACAAAGAAGUUUCUGCCUUUUGUCGAAGUCCGGAUAACAGCCUUUACAUGCUUCCGUCAACUCCACAGGCGCUCUUGGAAUCGAUGGGUGCAAGUGGAUCUACAGGACCUGAAGCAGUUGCAGCUGCAGAGAAGAAUGCUGCUUUGUUGACUGCAAGAGCUGGUGCUAGGGAUCCAUCAGCUAUUCCGUCCAUAUGCCGUGUUUCUGCAGCCUUUCACUAUCCUGCUGGUGAGUUCUGGUUCACCUAAGUUUAUGAUG